CCCCAACUGUUUCCGCAAAGCAAGCGCCAGAAGAUGAAAGUGAAAAUCAAGAGCUGGACUGCAGUGGCAACAUGGCGCUGGGUAGCAAAUGAUGAAAACUGUGGCAUCUGUAGGAUGGCCUUUGAUGGCUGCUGCCCGGACUGCAAGCUCCCUGGAGACGAUUGUCCUCUGGUAUGGGGCCAAUGUUCUCACUGCUUCCACAUACAUUGUAUAGUCAAGUGGCUCAACUCCCAACAGGUGCAUCAGCUGUGUCCCAUGUGUAGACAGGAGUGGAAGUUCAAAGAGUGACUCACUUAGCAAGGUGCUGCCUGAGCCCUUCCACACUAAUCAGAUGAACUCCAAGGAAAGGUUGUGAUAUCAGCAUUGGUUCGAGAAUGAGGGAUGGAUGCUUGAUCAAUUCCAACUGUAUGGCACUAGUCUUAUGUUUACUGUUAUAGGAAUAGAUAUGUUGUGAAACAUUUUCUUCUUCUUCCAAAGUUUAGAAGGAACACCAUUUAUUCUUUCAUCUUUUGUUUUUACCACUCUGCUUUUACGUAGAUUGCUGUAGUUGUAAAUACUACAUUUAAUAGUCUCCUCCUCAAGAAAUAGUUAUGUAACUAUCUGCUGGAUAAAUGACAUGAUAUCUAUCUGACCAGUGUAUUCAUCUUUGAGGCAUCCAUCCGAACGUGUUUAUUCAUCUGUGAAGCAUCCAUCUGAACAUGUGUAUUCAUCUGCGAAGCAUCCAUCUGACCGUGUGCAUUCAACUGUGAAGCAUCCAUCUGAGCGUUUGGAUAUAUCGGUGAAGCAUCCAUCUGAACGUGUAUUCGUCUGUCAAAGCAUCCAUCUGAACGUGUGAAGCAUUCGUCUGUCGAAGCAUCCAUCUGAACGUGUGAAGCAUCCAUCUGAACGUGUGCAUUCAACUGUGAAGCAUCCAUCUGAACGUGUGUAUUCAUCUGUCAAAGCAUCCAUCUGAACGUGUGUAUUCAUGUGUGAAGCAUCCAUCUGAACGUGUGUAUUUGUCUGUCAAAGCAUCCAUCUGAACGUGUGUAUUCAUGUGUGAAGUAUCCAUCUGAACAUGUUUAUUCAUCUGUGAAGUAUACAUUUGUCAGUGUAUGGUGGUGUGUGGUUGUGUGCAUAGAGCACAGGUCACAAAUCAUGUGAAGUUAAGCAACAUUGGUCACGGAGAGUCCUUGGAUGACCCUGUUUGGCAGCUUGACUAGUGAGUGUUUCCAGGUCUUGUGUCCUGCCCCACAACAAAGCACCUAUGAGUUUGUUCAAAAUCUUCUCUUGUUCAUCCAGCAGAAAAUAGGUGCCCAGUGGUACAAGUCAUAUGACUACCAACCUUCUAGCACUGGGCAGCUUGGAUUAUCCAGGGUAAUAUGUCCAUCAUGUUGUAUGCUUAGAGCAGGUCCCUGUGGCAUGGAGUUCAACGAUAUGUAAGUGUCCAAUUAUUAUUCAUCUGUGAAGCAUCAUCUGAUGUUGUAUAUUGGUCUGUGAAGCAUCCAUCCACAGUGGAACAUCAUUCUAACCAAUUUUGUCUCAGUUCACUUUCAAGGUACAGAAACCAAGUAUGCUGGUUGAUUGCUUUACUCACUGAGACAGAGUAUUAGGUUGAAAAGUAAAAUGAUAGAAAAUCAUUGUCCCUUGUUUGAUUUAAGAGAUAUUGACAGUUAAUUUCACAAAGAAACAAGUCUGUCAUAUAAACAUACAUAGAAAUUUUAUUUGUACCAACAAGAUAAGAGAUGACAUGUCAUCUGAAAGAUGUUCUGUACCAUUACACCUUUGCUGACUGUUGUAGGAGUCAAAAGGAUAUAUAUAGAGAAAAAUACAUUUGCUGUCUCUUGCUUGAUACUGUUAAUACUAUAUGGAGUACCUCUUACCCAAGAGGUGUCCAGUACUUUUCACUGACUCAAAUACAUCUCCUGUGAUCUAAAUGGAUUGGACAAAGAAUGACACCAAUGGUUGUCCCCAUAGUGGACAUCUUCCUACAUCAAAGCCUUAUUUAAACUCAUGCCAUUUCAGCCAACUUUUAUGUGCUAAAAUAUGCAAAGACAAUUGCAAAUAUCAAUCGUCCUUACAGAGAAGGUUUUACAAGAUCAACACCCAGGUUUCAAAACAUGUUGUUAUUGACCUCUCGAAUGUGCAUUAUUUUGUUUUCUUAACAAGAAAGGAAGACAAAUUGGUUUGAAGUUUUCAAUCAACUGUGUGCGAGUGUGUGUGAGAGAGAAUCACAAUAAGUAAGAUGCAGUGCUGUUUUUUAGAUGACCCCAAUUCACUAGACUAACGCUUAGUCUCUGAAUAUGUAUAUUUUGAUAGCAACAAACAAACCCAUAUAAAUUGAAAAGGAGCCCCAGUGAGACCAGAGAUUCUGAGGAAAUCUAGACUUGCUUCAUUUUGGACUUUAGCACUGCAGAGAGGGCUUGGCAGUAGGGAAAAUAAUGUGUUUCAGGGACUGAGACAGACUAGCAAUUCACCUGAUGAAGGAUUUACUCUGAAACAUAUUCUUCAUAAUGAGGAAAUUGACAUUCAUUGCACUCUAUUCCCAUUCACUGAUGGAGUAAGAUUAUACUCUGACAUGUUGUAUUCUUCAUAAUAAAGACAUUGACAUAGAUAUA